AUGAGCACCACGGCCUAUGCCCUGGUAGCAAAAGAGAAGCAGUACCCUCUCCAGGUGGGGAAGAAUGUAGUCGGCCGCAGCAGUGUCCCCGUAGAGGGCGUCUCCUUCAUCAACUUGGAAUCGCCGCUGGCAGCGAUCAGCCGCAUGCAGGCAUUUGUAGACAUCGGCGCCAACGGUGAUGCGUGGAUCAGCGACUGCAACAGUACCAACGGCACCUUCCUCGGCAUACGCCCCGGUCCAGGCAUCCGACUUGAGGCAAAUCGCUACUACCAGCUAUCACCGGGAUGCCGCAUUGUGUUUGGGGACGUGGUGUGCACUUUUGAGACGCUGAGCGAGGCACCGCCGACGCCGCAGCACUCAGCGCACCCUCUUACCUCUCCCUCCCGCUCCGCACGCAAGACGGAGUCUUUGGGUGUUAUGGAUGCCUUCACUGACAACGCGGUCAAUACUACCCCGGCAAGAGAGCUAUCGAAGCAGGCCAACGCGCACCGGAGUAACGUUCCUUACCUCGAGGAAACUGGCAGUCUCUCGCGGGAGCCUGCUGCGUUGCGUGAAACAGCCGCUGCGACGAAGAAAACGCCACACCGAGAACGACCAGAGCCGACAACGCCUUCGCGACCGCUGAAGCGGACCAAAGUAGAGUCUGCAGCACCCUCUUCGUCUGUCAAGGUAAAGACCGCCGCCACUGUGAAAGCCACGACAGCCGCACGAACACUUGCGGCACGGCCACAUGUGUGUCUGACAGGGAUGGACAGCGCUGAACGGGCGGCCAUUACAAAGCGAGUGCGUGAGCUGAAGGGCCGUGUCGUGGAUGACAUUACCAAAGCAAAUCUCCUCGUCGUAGCAACCCCACCGGUCCGAACACCAAAGUUCAUCGUUGCCGUGGCACGAGGGAUUCCGGUGGUGUCGGUAGAUUACAUCUGUAACCGGAGGACCGAGCUCGACGACGCGCGUCAUCAUAUUGUGAGUCUCAAGACAGACCAACACACCUACACGGCAGCAGAGCUGAAGAAGGUGAUUUAUCGGAAAGAUGCAUCCCCACUUCUGCAGGGUGUUUCCUUCAACAUCGCUGCCUUGUCCAGCAAGUCAAAGAGUGUGGCUGCGGAGAUCAUCACCUCCUCUGGGGGAGACGUGGUGAGCACCAAAAAGGGCGGCGGCACAGCCCUAACAGACGCGCACCUCGACAAGCUUUACGACUCCAUCUUGCGUGGCAAAGUGUCCGCUGUGUUGUAG